GCUGGCCUGGCUGGCGCCUUUUGUCGUUGAAGUUGUUUUGAUAUUUUCAAAAUUGUGUUAAAAACCAAUUUGGCAGCAGGUACACUCCAUCGAGAGAGUAAAACAUAAUUUUACUAGUUAUUAACGUGAUUUGCUUGCAAGAUGUUUCGCCAAUUAAAGCUGACGUUGAAUAUUUCCCGUUGGAUUUUUGCGCCCUGGCAGCGCCAUGCCGCCACCAGCAGCCAGGAGCCACCCUUCAUGGCGCCCAUCAGCGAUGUGAUUGUGGACUACGAGGAUCCGGACUACUUGCCGCUGCCGGAGUACCCGGCGCGACCCAACGAGCAGCUGGAGACGCGCAAGCAACGUUUAAUCUAUCAAUCGCGUAAGCGUGGCAUGCUGGAGAACGAUCUGCUUUUGAGCACCUUUGCGGCCAAGUACCUGAAGGACUUCAAUGCCGAGCAGACGGCCAUCUACGACCAGUUGAUCAAUGGAGUGAGCAACGAUUGGGACAUCUACUACUGGGCCACCGAGGUCAAGCCCACGCCCGACGAAUACAACACGGAGAUCAUGCAGCUGCUCAAGGAGCACGUGAAGAAUGCCGAGCGUGUCACGCGCCUCCGCCAGCCGGAUUUGACUUAGGAAUGGAGAGGGACAUCCUGCAGAGGGGAAACAUGCCUACAGCUAAUCCCCAACUUAGUUUUAGUUUUAUAAAUUAUUUAUGCAGUUGAUUAGCAAACAAAAAAUGGAACUUUGAUGCUAA